AUGCUCGCCGACCCAGUCGAAGUCGAUGAGCAUCGCAAGACCAGCAAGCAACUCGUGCGCAUGUCAAUCGUAGUUGGAGGCGAACUCGUCGGCAAGGAAUGGCACUCUAACAUCAUCGAGGUUUACAGCAUAGAAAAAUGGCUUGCACGGUUUUUUUCAACUCCUAUGAGGCGAGACAUUGGGAGAGUAGGCCACUUAUGCUUUUUGCGCCGCACGCUGUUCCCCACUAAUCCUUUCAUGAUAUUUAUCACUCGAAAUUCCUUCUUCUUUUGCCAAAUAGAUCAUACACCCGCCAUUGAACUUCCUCGAUGGUGUCCGCGGUCUGCGUUCACGUCAUCUGUCACUCCCACCAUGCAGAACAUUCACGCUGUUCACUUGCGAAGAACAUUGCUGAGCCUGGCCAUUGCCUCUGGUGAUCAAGUUCAACAUGCACGAUUUUGA